UUCACUGCAACAGACCAACAAAAUCAAAGUCUCUAUGGCCGUGCAGGCUAGCUCAAGCGGAAAACCGCUGAUCGUCCUCAAAACUGUGCCAUCCGCCAGACAAUAAAAAAAAACUAUAAAGCUGAAACGUGCCGUCCUUUAUCCGGGCGAACUGCAAAUCCCUAUAAGCUGUCCUAAAAUAUUGAACGACUGAGUCUGGAGAACUUCAAAAAAGGAUGUUUAUUCAUACAAGGUUGUAAACCUGGCACAGAUCUUAAAGUUGCAGAAAAUGAAACAAAUUUCCAUAGGUUUUAGUUGCAGAAUUAUCCCUGGUUCCAGAAGGCAAAGGUGAUUAUAAAACCACUAUACCCUAAUCACGCUGUCUAUAUUAGAAGGAGAAACUCUUUCCUUCCCUAUCUUUACAGCAAAGAUUAGUUCUAGAAGCGAUGGAAUAACCCUGCUCCUCUAACUAGAUUUCCUAUUCCAGAUCAGUAUAAUUCAAUACUUAUCUAAUUUGGAUAGGCUUAGAUUGGCCUGGUUUUGAGGAUGAUUUGUCCCAGUUAGCCUUGCACAGCUCCAGCACGUUGGAAGACUAUAGCCAGAAUGAAACUCUAAAAUGGAGACUAGACCCUGGUAAAAAGGGCGGUCCUAAGAUGUUGUACUCUUUGACCAAUCAUUGCAAAGAAAACUGCAGCCAGCUCUUGCAGACUUCAAGCCACCUUUCCUGGGCUUUUGCAGCCAGAGGCUGAAACAAAAUGCAAAGGAGGGAAAACAAACAAACGACCAAUAAGUAAGGCAAACCAUCGUCCUGGGGGACGGAACAGCACUGAAGAAGUCAAGAGCCAUUUUCUGCCAUUCACAGUUGCUGAUUUCUCUCUGAUGUGUAAUGUCAUUGCAUUAUACUCAACAAAUUUACAUUUUUAAAUGGGUGAAAUGUACAUUUGUCAUGCAUAACACAACUUAAGUUCAUCUCUUGCUGAUACGAAUAGAUAUGGUCCACCUGUUUACCUGUUUUAAUGUUAUAUCUUCCUCCUGCCCUGUAGUGUCCUUUGCUUGCGAGUGAAGGGAAAGAAUCAAAACAAGGAGAGGAAUCAAAACAAUCUUGGAGAGGAAGGUGGGAGAUAUGGUAUUGAAGAUGGGAUCUUGGGCAUUAAAUUAAUCUCAUACCCACUGGAAAUCACAGGCUCUCAUCCAAUGUCAUCCAUUUCCUUUAUUCGGGCAUUGGAAUUAAACUUACAUAACUCUCUAUUUAACAUCCCUGUCUAAGGUAUGAACAAAAAAUUAAAUUGAGUCUACCAUUCACAUCUCUUCGCAUAUAAUACCUGUGCUUUUUCAGGACCCAUUUUCACAUGGGAGAAAAAAUGGGAAGAGGAAUGUAAUCAACUUUCGUGAAUAUCCAUAGAAGUUGUUUUAUGUAAUUGUGUUCAGGUUCCUUGACAGUGGGAGAAGUCACAAAGAAUUGUGUUGUACUAUGUUGGACAACAUAACCGGCACUAUAUCAGAAAGUUUGAGCUCAAUAACGGCUUUCCACAACCCAGGGAUCCCCACAUGGAUUAUAGCACUCCCCUCCCUUUAGGACUGGAAUAUGGUCAUUUGGGCUGGGACUGGUGGGAGUUUUGGUCUCACAGCUGAAAGUUAUGGGAGGCUUCUUUCCAGAAUCACAGGUGUGCGGUAUAGUGGUGAGGGGAGCAGGGGGCACUCAAGCACAUGUCUGAAGAGAUCUUUAACCCUGGUAACCAGCAAAAUGUGACUGUUACAUUAGAGAAUCACAGCUUUUGAAAGAAGCAACCAGAACUGUUUUAUGUCACUGUGCAUUUACUAUAUAUAGAGACAUCAUGCUACCUUGCUAAAAGAAAGAGGACGGAGGAGAGAGCGAGAUGGGGGAUAAACACACAAGUUCCUUCCAGUUAAUCGACCUGGGGAGUGACAAGACAAUAAAGAUUUCUUUCCAGAAUCAAGAGCUGCACUUCUGAAAUGCCAGGGGAGGUCAGGGGAGAGCAGGGUUGUUGGGUGUCAAAGUUGCCAGAGCAACAGCCACUCUAUCCGCCAAGCCUGCCAGUAGAAAAUGCCAAAGAACAAUGCAGCUUUGAAUGCCAAAUGGGCCUGCUUGGCACAGCUUAUAAAGACACCCAGGUUUGUCAACAAAUGACUUUGUGUGCCCAGAUUACUGCCUCAAGGGCAGUGCAAACUGUAACAUUACCCAGAUGGCUCGUCUGAUUUAUUCAUUGUGCCACAAGCCUCGUCUCCCGGUACCAUAACCUUAGAAUCCAGGCUGCAAUGUCCUCAUUCAACGCAGGCACUCCAGUAUUGCGGUAUUAUGAUAAGAAAUUCACUAAGGUUUGGGAGAGGGAGGAAACCUCCUCAUCAUCAUCAUCAUCCGAGGAGAGGGUAACCUUUCUCGAUCAACUCCUUCAGAAGAGGAUACAUGAGGGUAAAGAGAAAUUUAUGCUCCACAGACUGGUUCUCCUUGCCAAGAUUUCACCAGACCUGGCUGAUAAAAAGGAUUUAGCUGAGUACUGGGAACAACUGUUUGUGAAGCUGCAACACUCUUAUUUUCAAAGUGAGGGGAUCACAGGCCUGCUGCUGCUCUAUCCCACAUGCAUUGUACACAUCUUAGAGUCAUCCAGUGAUGUGCUUUAUAAUAUUCUGCGUGACCUGAGAAACAUGGAGCAGCAGCAAAGAGUGCUGGUCCUGGAUGCCAAGAUCCUUAUAAUGUCCCACAAUCUCCCUUCCCGGCUCUUCCAACAGUGGCAUUACAAAGUGCUGAAUGUGCCAGAAAGACGCCUGGACUAUGAUACAUCCCAGGAGGAAUCAGCAGAGACUCUUACCCAUGAGUGCCUCACAGCACUUCUGAAAAUUGGAAAGCAUUUGCUCAAAUAUCCCAAGAGCCCCAAGAACCUUCCAGACACCAUCCUGGAGAAGGUACCUGAUCUCAUUAUUCCCCAGGACACCAUCUGCUACCUGCUGACAUGCCAAGAGUUGCUGAGUCCAGCUCAAUACCUACAGUUCUUUGACUCUCCACUGAAUAUCCAGAUGGACUCAGAGCGUACAUGGCCUCUGUCAGAGCGGUUAAACAUUCAUUUUGGCUGGGCUGCUAUGAAAGGAGCCUCUGCUAUCUGAGGAACAAGCCUACAGAGACUGAUCUUUGCAACACCGUACUGCUACAAAACUGCAAUGUUGAAAUCCAUGGUGAAAGAGAACAGCAAGUAUUGGAAAGAGGGGAGGAAGAGUAAGUAGUUUUACAAGAAAAAGGAAAACCUCAACAUUUGUUGCGGAACUGUAGAUCUCAUUCAUAUUUAGGAUCCAGUAUCAAUACAGCUGUUUUCAAUACAAAUUAUGGACUGUAUAAACAAUUGACUGUACCAACUAUGGACUUGCUUGAAGUGACAAACUUUAUGACAGCAUAAAAUGGUGAAUGCACAUGCUAGUCGGGAGUGCACAGGAGUGUAUGGUGGCUUGAGCACCAGAGGCAGGGAAUCUUUUCUCUGCUAAGGGAUAUUUUGUAGGUCUCUAAGAUAUGCCUGUAAUCCAUAAACCUACCUAUUGGAAGCCAUGGAAACAAAGAUACAAAGAAAAAGAAAUCAAUGCUGCUUCUGAUGGUAAGUUACUGACAUGUGCAAUUAUCCUGUUUGUCAUCAACCACCCGAUAUGAUCUUCCUCAGUCUUGUGCCCUUCAGAUGUGUUGGGCUACACUUGGAUGACCUGAACUCAAGGUUUGAUACAAUUUUUUUUUAUUACUGGAAAUACAUUGUUAUGCAUUCAA